AUGGCGGCGGCGGCGGCGGCGGGGGGCAUCGCCACGCUGCCCGACGACGGCGGCAGCGGCGCCUUUCCCCCGGGGCACUUCAAGGACCCCAAGCGCCUGUACUGCAAGAACGGCGGCUUCUUCCUGCGCAUCAACCCCGACGGGAAGGUGGACGGCGUCCGCGAGAAGAGCGACCCGCACAUCAAGCUGCAGCUCCAGGCGGAGGAGCGAGGAGUGGUGUCCAUCAAAGGUGUCAGUGCCAAUCGCUUCCUGGCCAUGAAGGAGGAUGGCAGAUUGCUGGCCUUGAAAUACGCAACAGAAGAAUGUUUCUUUUUUGAACGUUUGGAAUCCAAUAACUACAACACUUACCGCUCACGGAAAUACUCGGAUUGGUACGUGGCACUGAAAAGAACUGGACAGUACAAACCCGGACCAAAAACUGGACCUGGACAGAAAGCUAUCCUUUUCCUUCCCAUGUCUGCUAAAAGCUGACUUCCACGGCAGAUUCUGAGCACUAGGGCCACACAGCACUAAAGAUGUCGCCUUUCCUACUCCUUUCUGAAGUAGCCAAAUAUAAGCAAUUAUUUGCUGAUAUUAUAACUACUUUUGCAGAUACCAGAUUAAACCAUGAAUGUUUCAUACUGUCUUUAUAUUGCUCUUUAAACCUGUUGUGCCAGUGUGCGUGGAGGUAAAAUGACUCGCAGAAUAUAUUUUCAGGAUCAGUAACACUUUUGUUUUCUUCUAGGUACCUAUGUAUUUACCUUAUGCUUGCUUUAUGGAGUAGAGGAGAACAAACCCGAUGCACACUCAUAGCAAUAAUUACCUUUAAAAAUAAUUUAUAUCUUAGCUUAUUAGAGAAUAAUUAUGUUCUAAUAAUUACCUAAAAAUAAGUCCACAGAUAACUAUAAUAUUCAACAUUGCAAUAAUUCUAAAUUAUUACUAUAGAGAAAUGUGAAAUGUAUUGCUAUCAUGUCAUGUUUCUGUAGGGCUCGGGCAGCUCCCUGUGGUAGAGCUUGUAGAACAGGCCUGUGUAGACAGCUGGGAACUCCCUCAUGGUUAUGUCAAUCCUAUCAAACCCUUCCCGGUACCCGAACAGUAAGAGCUUGGCCACGUUGCUGGUGAUGGGUGUGGUGUUUUCUGUCCUGGCCAGCUGCUCCAGGUCCAUCCACUCGCAGCGGAGGCACUCGUGCUGGCAGAAGCUGAUGCGGAAGGAGGUGGGCUCCAUGCGGCAGAUGAUGUACAUGUCUGACUUCCCGAAGGCUCCGGGGUGCUUGUGCUGCUGCCUGAUGCUUAGGAUGGACUUGAACUCUGACUUGAUGCCAGUCUCUUCAAAAACCUCUCGAACUGCUGUGUCUCCUGGGUGGAAAGAGCAAUCCUUGCAGUACAUCUGAGAGUACUCAGCAUCCUUAAACCUUUUGGAAAGGUGGAAAGCCUCUUACUCAGCAUGUUCUCUAUUCUCCUUCAAAAGGUUUUCAGAAUGUGGGUAUGUUUUUCCAACACAAGGAUAAGCUAAUAUUUUGAUUCCCAAACAACAGUAAUUGCUGUGUGCCUUUCCUGUGUAUAUCCUACAGAAUUACUUUGGUAAUGCUGUGCAGGGUGUGGUUUGUAAUGGACACUGAUGGCUGCUGGCUCCACUGAUCUGUUAAUCCAAGACAGCACUGCACUGUCUUUGCAGUCCUUUGGAUCCCCAUCCCUCUCUUUGCCCCUGCCCAGUCUCGGGUUCAGAUCCUGUGCAGCUGCACCUGUACUGAUGUCAGACCUCUUGAUCAGAUCAGUUUCACUGCACUUCACCCCAAGGGGUAACAAAAUGGGUGGAAUUCUUUUCAGAAAGUGAAAGUUGGUGCCAGAUCCUUUUCAAGAUGUACCGUAAGAGUCAGGUGACAUUUCAAAUACGCCACAGCACCUGUGCAGCCCGAGCCUGUUCUUGCAGGAAACAUGCUGUAAACAUGCUGCAUGUGUGCAUUCUGUGUGCCCCAGCCAGAGUGAGGUCAGUGCUAACAUUCCUCACCACAAACGCAGCAGGGUUUUUUAGGGUCUACAGGGUCUGUGUGCUGCAAUUACAGCCAGAGAACCACCCACCCAUCCAGGACUCCUCCAGAGAUAUUUUUCUCUUCAAUAACAAAUUGAAGAGUCCCUAAGAAGUUUGUUAAUAUUCCACUGAUUUCCUCAAAGUCUGCAGUUUUAUUGUAGUCAAAUCCUACUUGCGUGGGGUAAGUACUGGUAGGUUAAAUACUGGCUUUUCCCAAAUUAAUGUAACCUCCUGGUUGUCUCUGGUUUGAGUGGUCAAUGUCCAGAACUGUUGUGCAUGUUACCUGCUCCUGUUAGUUCACUUUCAGUAAGGAAUGUGUGCUAGCUUGCUUCUAAAAGCAAAUGCAUUUUAAAAGAUUUGUAGAGAUUCACCAUCCUGUGGAGGCUUGCAUCUUGCCAAGUCCGAGGGGAACAAAGCAGAUGAUUCAGGGGUAGUUUCAGAUAUUGGAAAUAGAAACUCCCUGUGGCAGGGGGCUACAGAAAUGAACUGAGAUCAUGAGGAACUGAGGCAGGCUUAAGAAACUUGCAGUAAUGAUGGAUUUCAUUUAAGCGUUGAGCUUUGCUUUCAGAUGAAGUGCCAUUUUCUGUUUCCCUUUUAUUUAAAUGUGAGUGUGUAUAUAUAUAUAUAAAUAUCUAAUGACAAUUAAACUAGAAGACUAGGGCUGGAGUUUCAGAAAUGUUCAGAUACAAAAAUGUGUGCACUUUGCUUAAUCUGCAUUAUGAAAUUGGUGUCACUUGCGUAAGUCAGUUUGCACUCAUUUUAGUAGGCAGCCAAGCAUAUCGCCACUUCAUGUAACUGAAGGAUUUUAAGCAAUGUAAUUGCAAUUUUUAAUUGUAAUUUAAAAUUUAGUCCCAUGAGUGACUUGUGUUUUAAGGUUUGAUGUAAGAAUGAAAAAGGAAAAUUAGGCUCUAUUAUACUUUAUGCUUGACUAAUUUAUAUCUUUUCGUAAUAUAAUAUGUGAUGCAGAGAAUCGUAACUUUUAUUAUUCUGUAGUUUAGAAGUGGCAGGAGGGAAGCUGUAGGACACUUUUGUCUUGGGUGGUUUUCAGUGCAGGCUCCAGCUAUAAUCUCACCUGUUCAGUGAGGGAUGGCUGCUGUUGUACUCAGUAGCAGUAUCACUCUGGGGAGUCCCACUGGAAUGCCACUACUGGUCAUUUGUUGUUUCCUUGAGUACAAAAGUCCUGCUGCUGCUGGCACUAGAAGUGAGAAGGAGCCUGCCUAGAUAAAGCCAUGGCAUUUGGGAUUCUUUUGAAAACAUGGAUCCUUUUCACCCUGUUACAUUACAUUGUCCAGCAAAUAUUUUGGAUUUCCAUCACCAGGUUUGACAGAAAGACUUAAAACAUGACUCACGAGUAACAAAAACCAAACUCAGCCCUAUCCUGACAACUAGCAACUUUCUCCAUGUAUUGAAAUAAUAAUUGGAAUACAAGCUCACCACACGUUGUAGGGAGACUGCUAAAUCAGGAGGUAUUUUUAAGGUACGGAACAGUCAGGAACCCUGGGCUUGACAGCCAGCUUAAGAAGUAACCAGCCUAUGGAUAAUGAUUUUAAGGGCUGAGAUACAAGGAGAAAAAACCCAGAUUUUCUCUUCAUAAACACCCAUGUUCAUUCACCUGUGAGGAUAAACUGCAGCAGUGUUCAUCAGCUGUGCUGUGUUGGAGAGAAAUGAGAAGUUUCCUCAAUCCAGCAUUGUUUCCUACCACAGGAGUGCUUCAUGUCCCUGUUGGGAGUAGGUGCCCACAAGACUGAGGCCCUGCACUUCACCCUGGCCCUGUGCCGAGGAGCUCUUGGUCCAAACGAAUCAAGUGAAGGGGGCGGAAGGAAGCAAGUGCAUUUAUUGGAAUGGAAAUUUUUCCUCAGUCCAUCCCUGAAGUCACUGCCCUGGAUUCCAGAGUGAGCUGAGAGCUCCCUGUUUCAGUUUUAUUUGGGCCAUAUAUGGAUUACCUUAAUCCUCUGCACCUCUGGCUCAUAUUGCAGCAUAUCUGACCAGCCUAAAAAAACUUAGCUGGCCUCAAGCACUCACUUAAAGAAAGUGUGGAAAAGAGUAGAUGUUACAAACACAAAACUUCUUUGUCCUGAACAUGCUACCCUGUUACCAUUAGGGUCCCAGGAUUGUGUCACUCCAUCUAUUCCCCAUUAAUUCAAGGAAACAAUCCAUCACAGGAGUAAUGUGGGUCAUGCUGUAUUUCAGUGGUGUUCAUGUCUUUGUAUUUCUGUUGAUGGCUGACCUGUUCUCAUAGGACUUACCAAUGUCUUCUCCUGGAUUAGACAGACCUCCUGGAAACUUCCAUGCGUUUAUAGUCUGUAUUGGAGGAAAAAUCCAUUAGUGAAGUAGUCAGCCUGUGUUGUACUCUUUAAUAAGAAGGAGACAAUUAACACAAAGUUUUUGUUUUUUUUUUUUUUGUUGAAGUUGCAGUAUUGUUAUUUUAUAAAUAUCAGUAAGUAGGAACUUGUUUGUUCCUGCUGACAGGAUGAUUAGAGACAGCUACAGUCUGUAUGAACAAUGGGAACAAAACACCUACUGAUUGAAAAUACAAACUGUCUAACAGUCAUUAGACAAUGUUGCUGCUAGAUAGAGUAGUUGAAUAUUUUUUUAAAAGCUGCUAUAGACUAUAUAAUCUUAUAUUUAAUCACUAAUGUAUUCUACUUCCAUUGUUUUGGCUUUUUAAAAUGUAUAUAUAUUUAAUCUUACAAGCAGGUAUUAUGAUUGUACUGUUCUAUACUGCACUGGCUUUAAGAUGUGUCUGUAAUGAUCAUUUAGUGUAACCUGUCAUUUUCAUGGAUACAAGAAAUGAGGGCUUGUGUGUGAUUUAUGUAUAGAAACAUUUAUUGACAAUAAAAUUCAAUAUUAAAACGUGAA